UAUAAGUCGAUAAGAUAAAAGAAAACGUAAAUUACGAUUAACACUAUAUAAAGACAAACAAAAAAAUUUUAAUCUCAAUAGGUCAACAUGAAGAUUUCGGCUGCAAUUUCCUUGGGAUUUCUCUUAGCGGUGGUUGGUCCUACCACGCAAAAACACAUCGCACCACGUAUCAUUGGAGGCGACGAAGCAAAAGCCGGUCAAUUUCCAUACGCCGCAGCCAUUUACAUCAAAAAAGAACUUAGCACCACUUUCUGUGGAGGAGCUCUUCUUAGUAAAUUAUGGGUUUUAACUGCUGGUCAUUGCGUCGAUGGAGCUAUUUCAACCAUUGUUUAUUUGGGUUCUACUACUUUGCAAGAUCAUGACCCUAACAGAAUCAUGUUGACCACAGACAAUCACGUAAUUCAUCCAUUGUACAACAGAACCACGUUGGAACACGAUAUUGGACUAAUCUUAUUCAGAAUGCCUAUAACAUUCUCUGACUACAUCAUGCCUACUAGCUUCUUCCCCGUUGCCGAUCUUCCUGGAUCAGCUCCUGUUACAACCUUUGGAUGGGGCCAAAUCGAUGAUGAACACGCUGGCAUCACAAAUAACUUGCGAUAUGUUAGAUUGAGCACAUUGACUAACGACGAAUGCAAACUAGUUUAUGGUUCCAGAAUUACAAGUAACAUGGUUUGCGUAUCUGGAAAUUAUAAUGAGGGUAUUUGUAGGGGUGACAGUGGAAGUCCUUUGAUUCAAACUGUUGGUGGUGGUCAUACCCUCAUUGUCGGUGUUGGAAGUUUCUUAAGCGAAAACGGAUGUGAAUCUACGGAUCCUUCUGGAUUUACAAGAGUGUUCCCAUAUAGAGACUGGAUCAAAAAUGUUACUAGCAUUGUAUAAAAAUGUAGAUAAGAUCUAAAACAUGAGAUUAAUAAAAUUAUACAAAGAUA